GUGCGAAUGAUCCAAAAGGUGCACGACGACGGUUGUUGCUUGUCAGGCGCUAAAUCCUCUCUCCGACCGCCCCAGCGGCAAAAGCUUGGACAAUCCAGGCGCUUGGGUUCUGACUCCGGGAGCGCGGGAUCUGCUCCUGUUCUUCUCAUCCUCGCAGCCCUCGUACGACUUCUCCCUCUUUCCCACACUGCUGUUUUCUUUGAUAAUCCGCCCGGUGCGCUCUUCCCUCGGUCUUGUACUAGCCUCUGCGAGUGCUUUCUCGUUCAGGACCGUCUCUGUGUCUGUUCGUUUUCGUCGCUCGCAGCGAUGACUUCGCAAUCUGGGGUUGCUUUGCAAGAUAUUUCUUUUCCGACCUCGCCAACGACGCCAGCUUCAUCAUACUAUCCCAUGGCCUCCACUUCCUAUUCACCGCGAGAUCUGGGUGUCUCGACGUCGGAUCUUGGUCUGUUUACCCAGCAGUUUGGCCACCAGCCUCUCCACGACCCGAGUGCUGCUGGUAACGUCUACUACCAACCCGCCGCGUCGGGUCCGUAUCACCCUUCAGCAACCCAAUCCCACGCGACACCUUCGCCGCACCAGACAACAUACCAGCCACAUCAGUCAUAUCACCAAUCAUCCUCCCGCUCGCCGAGGCAGCCAACGUCUCGCAUAGUAUGCCCUGCCGGUCAUGUCCAGCACUUGCCCUCUCUCGUUGAGCACAUGGUCAGCACCAUACAGUGUUCCGUGUGCAACGCAUCGCUCGGGACGCCGCAAGCAGACUCACGGGUCGAUGCAGAAGCCCGGAACGAUGAAUUUGAAGACGAGGGCUUUGAAGAGCCGCAGGGUUCUGCGAGGCUCACCUACCGACGAUCCACGGAUAUGUCGACUAAUACGCAGGCUUAUGUGUCCAAGCCGAUCCGAGUCCGAAAAAAGCUUCGCGAUGAAUCAAACGGAGUGCAAUAAUACAGGCACAUUGUAGAACGCAAUAUGGCGUUGUUUCUGCCGUCAACUUCUCAGCUAUGAAGAUACCCAGCUGCAAGCUACGAAAAAGACUGAAUGGAACUUGGGAGGACAGGGACUGGACACGUGCUGUAAUACUAUUUCUGAUGACUGCAUGACACGAGGAAAUGCUUGUUUUUUCUUUUUUAUUUUUCUAAUAAUUUCUUUUUCUUCUGGGAUAUAGAGUGGGGGAGGGACAUUGCAAAGAAGGAAAAUGGAAAAGAGCAAAUGAGCGAGCGAGCGAGCAAGCGAGAAAGUCAUCAUUGGCUGUUAUUUCGAGGGCUUCCCUUUUUUUUUUUAUUUAUCUCAUGUUUUUUUUCUUGAAACACAUCCUACUUGAGAGCUCAAAGACCGCAUAUACCCGCAGUCACUCGUGCUUCAAAAAAAUUGGCAACAAUCACGCCUCAGGCACGUCUAAUUAUUUUUGAAUUUUCAAGUC